GUAUAUACCAAUCUUUCAGGAUCUAAUUGUGGCCUUUCUUAUUCUCAUGGCCUGAGCCGCAGUCCUCAACCCCGUUGUCCUGUUGGUUUGUCGAGUCAAAUAUCUACCCUUGAUCGUGCAUCCGGUAAUAUUUGUGCUUCUGGUAAUGGUGAGCUCAGCCUGCUACUGCUACCUGCCCCCGGAUUAACAAGUCCUCUCAGCAGUACUGCAAACGACGAUGAUGAUCUUCUCGAAGUUGAGUUCGUCCGUUCACCUCUUGCUUUGGUACCGGCACCGCAUCCACAACUUUCAUCAGAGUUACUACAGUCAACUUGUGGCGAUGACCAUUUCACUGUUUCUGGAGCACCUGACUCUCCAGUACCCGGGUCGCUGAGUGCGAUGCUUGGGCCUCCUCCGCCAGCCUAUGAGGCUACCUUACAAUCGGGGAGCCAUCAUUCCCAACAAAUAGCCCAGCAUGAACAAAAGCAACACGAAUCGUCGGUUGGUACUCAACCAAUGGUCCGGCAUACGCCCUCCUAUAUGCUAACGGAUGCAGUUAACGAUAGUAUUCUGUAUUCUGGCGAUGAAUACUGGUGCCCUCCUGCGGGACCGCUUAGCGGCUGUCCAAGCACCCCCGACGACGAUGGCUAUUUGCCCUCUGGCUUCUGCGAUUCUAUUUGCUAUCCACGAACCUCGCCAACUCCCUCAAUUCAGCCCUCACCCUUACCCACGUCUCCUGCACAGGCGUCAUCAGUUUCUCUUCCUAUGCAGUCUCAUGCACAUUUAGUCACGCAUCAGCAUCCUAAUCAGCACAUGCAUCCCCAUUCACACUCACACGCCCACCGACCUCAUCACCACACUCAUCCCCAUCAUCACCAUCAUCAUCACCAUCAUCACUACCAUUCUCAGCACACUUCAUCGCCUAGCCAACAGCAUACGUGUUCUGGUGAAGAGGUUGGAUAUAGCUCGGCUUCCUCCGCAUCAAAGUAUCAGGUGGCUUACUCACCUCACCAAUCAGCCAGCCGCCCUUUUGGACCGAAUCAGCCCGAUUAUCCCUCAACCACUGCGACAUCCUGCUACUCUUCCGGCUCAAGUGGUUCCAUUCCACUUUUUGGUACUGUUUCACCUUCCACUGGAGGCCCACCCCGCGGUUCAGUUUCGCACACAAGCCGCGGGAACCCUAGUCUAUCACCUGGGGGCUUGCAAUGUCUGCAUAACGACAUAUUGCCACGAGAUGCAUCUGUGAAUUCUGAUCCAGUAGCAAUGAUGAUAUCACCGGCCACCAACAUAACGCCAGCUAGUCUCCCUGCAUCCGCUCAAAUUUCCAUAACGACUCCGGCCUCUUCACUCUUGGCUACCGAAACACGCCUGUCUCAACAUCAAUUGCAUCAACGGCCACAACUAAUACAGCCCCAGGCACCUAGCAACAGCAGCUAUAUGAGCCCGCCAGAUCUAUCCAGCCUAGAUUCGGUUGACUCUGAUUGGUUGAUCUCAGAAUCCUUGAUGCAGUAA